CACAGCCACACACGAUACGACAACAAUGGAGCAAGCGGCCAGCAGCGUGAAGGAGGAUCUCAGCCUCGAGCUCACCCUGGCCUUUGCCGUGUGCGUGGCGCCGGCCCCGCCCCGCACGGGCUUCUUCCUGUGCGUCUACUGCGACCGCAAGUUCCGAAGCGCGCAGGCGCUCGGCGGCCACCAGAACGCGCAUAAGCAAGAGCGCGCCGUAGCCAAGCACCGCCGGGACGCGUGGAGGGCUGCUGCCAUUUCUCGGAUCUCCGGGGAGCCUGCAGCAGGCUCCGUGGGGUACAAGCACGGCAGGAGCUCAUCGGAGCGCGACCACGAGCUGGACUUGUCUCUCCGGCUGUAACCGGUGGGCAGACACAGGUCGAUCAAACCUUAGCAGUAUCCAUGGUCCGCACCCCUUUCCGGUGCUAGGUAAGUUAGAGUCUUGCUACAAGCAUUUUGUUUCAAGCUCCUGCUGUGUAUGCGUUGGAUUCA